CUUAGCCGCUUUCUUCUAGGAGCAGUUGCCCAGUUCGAUCUCGAUACUGAUAAGUCGACCUAGAAGCAUCAGAAUAACAGAUGCGGUAUAUUUGAAACUCUUAAGGCAACCUGUGAGGAUUUCCCGACUUUAUCUUUCUUCCAUCCUAGGAUUUUGGGAUUGAUCGUUCCACUUAUUGGAGGUAUAUAUACUCUUUUAGUCCGUAGACUCGACUCUACUCUACUCUACUCUACUCUAUAUAUAUGCCGGUUAUGAAGAAGUUCUUUCCUUCCCCAGACUUCCCAGUUCCCACUUUUGGUGAUGUCUUUUCUUAUGUGAAGAACAUUUUCGGUGCUGAGUGGAUGAGAUUUCUACGAAUUGAGCUCGAUCUACUGAAGUUCUUUUUGAAACGUACCGGACUGGUCCCUUUUCCUGGAUGUCUUCGUUCCUAUCCUGAUGAACUUAUUUCCUAAGCAUGAAUCGAAGAUGGCAGCUGGCUCUUGAAGAAUAUUUUACUGCCACUAAUGGCUUAGUUUUCAGCUUUGAGUUCUAAGGAGAAACAUAGUUCUAGUUUCCAUCCAUCAUCCCCUACUCUCAACCUCAUCAGAUGGCAAAAGGGCAGCUUGAAUUAUAACCCAGCCAAAGAUGCGUAACAACUCUUCGGCUGAUCUAGCUUUCAUGCCGGAUCGUGAAUUCGUGGAGCUAGUAUGGGAGAGAGGUCAGAUUUUGAUGCAAGGGCAGUCCAGUAGAAACCGAAAGAGCACUUCAUGUACCAGUACCUCUCCUCCUCCCAUUACUUCCAAGGCCCAAGAGAAAGAUGAAAGAGAAAACAUUACCGGGAAGAUCGGGAAGUUAGCAACCAUGGAUUCUGUCUUGAAUGAUUUUCCGCCGACAGGGCAUUCAGGUCAUGUGGGUAUGGGUCAAGAUGACGAUAUGGUCUCUUGGCUGAAUUACCCAAUUCCACUCGAUGAUUCUCUGCAUCAUGAUUACUGUUCUGAGUUUUUCUCUGAAUUAAAUGGGGCCAAUCUGAAUGCUUACUCCACGCAGAAUGAUGUCGUACCGGUCUUUAAGAACAAUGUUUAUAGCAAUUUGGAUAGGGGUUCCAAAAUGACUUGUGAAAAUGUUGCCAAGUCGCCAGGACAAGGGAUUGGAAGUGGAAGUGGAAGUGGGAGUGCAUCGAAGGAUGGUGCGAGAGGCGUUGAGCCUUGUGGACUGGGUGGAAGCCAGCUAUGUUCACCUUCUUUGCAGCAAUUCCAGUGUCCAGUUUCAACUUCAUCUGUUGCUCAUAGUCCUAGAUCGAGAGUUUCAGAGAUCAUUAGCAGUGGCAACACCACCACAGAUGUCCACAAAGCCCUCUGCGGGAGUUCAUGCUCCACCCCAACCUCGAUUACAACUGGUGGUCUAUCGAACACGAAACUGCAAGAGCAAGAUCCAGAACCCACAAGAAAGCCUCCUCCUUCGCUUCCACAGAAGCAGCGUACUAGUGGUAGUGGAGAGUUGAUGAACUUUUCCCAUUUCUCUAGACCUGCGGCUCUUGUUAAGGCUAAUCUUCAGGGCAUCGGUAACACGGCUUGUUCAGGCUUAUCAAGAAGUACUGCUAAGUCGACAAAUAAUGAUCGGUUAUCUGCUGCUGGUGGUUCGACAAGUGCUGGCCAUUGCCAAGCCCAACUGACUUCGGUGCCAACCAAGAUGUUGGAUUCCGAAGCUUUUAUCAAUAGGUCUCCCAAGGAGACACCUGUUGCUGAGCAAUCACAAGUUAUCUGUCGAGAAGAUUUGUCCAGGACCAGGAAUGAUAAUGUGCCCUUGGAUCAACUUCCUGCUAGAACUGGAACAACUAGCUUUGCAGCAAGUACAGCCAUAGAAAAUCCAGAUGGUGAAAAGGUUGAGCCAGUCGUGGCACUGUCAUCUUCUUCCGUGUGCUCGGGCAACAGCUCCGGGGAAACGUCAAAUGAUCGGAAAUUUGCUGUGAAGAGGAAAUCGCGCAACACCACCGAGGAGCCUGAUGGGUACCAGAGCGAUGACGUAGAGGAGGAGUCAAAGGGCGUGAGAAAAUCAUCUCCUCGUGCUCGCGGAGGUAAGAGAAGUCGGGCUGCAGAAGUGCAUAAUUUGUCCGAAAGGAGACGAAGGGAUAGGAUCAAUGAGAAGAUGCGGGCACUACAAGAACUAAUACCCAACUGCAACAAAGUGGACAAAGCUUCAAUGCUUGAUGAGGCCAUUGAGUAUCUGAAGAGCCUCCAGUUUCAAGUACAGAUGAUGUCCAUGGGAAGUGGGCUGUAUAUGCCUCCGAUGAUGUUACAGGCAGGGAUGCAACACGUACAUGCACCGCAGAUGCCACAUUUCUUGCCCAUGGGUGUUGGAAUGGGGAUGGGGGUGGGAUUUGGAAUGGGGAUGGGGAUGGGGAUGGUUGACAUGAGUAGUGGUGGUUCCUCUGGUUGUCCAUUGAUUCAGGUUCCACCAAUGCAUGGAUCGCAGCUCCCUUGGCCUCCCUUAUCAGGACCCACUGGUUUUCCUCAUAUGUUUGGGCUCCCUGGACAGGGACUUCCCCUGAUGCCGAUUCGUCCACCACUGCCGCCAUCGGUUCCUCCUUCAGGUGGUCCUACGGGAUCAAUUUCGCUGCCCGAUACCUCCAGAGUUGCAGCUCCAAUGGAUGUCCCGGUUUCUGUACCCCCUUCAAGUACAGCGGAACCCUCGCUCAGAUGACACGUAUUGACCAGCUCUGAGUUCUGGUAGGCUCAGAAAUCUACUCGGGAAUCCAUGUGUCUGUGUUACUUUAUGCUGGAGUCGCAUCCAAAAUAGCAGCAUCCCUUGUUGGAUCUUAGUUCUUACAUUGGGACUCUGGGGAGCGAAUCAGCCACUGCGUAGUGUGUGUACCGAUGCCUAUGUGAGAUUGUGAACCUCAUUGCCACAAGCCAAUUCUCAUGAUCAGGAGACCAAGUGGACUGGUAAAGUGGAGAGUGUUGCUCAGAGAAAGCAUACGAUGCAAAUACUGCCGACCAAUUAGUAGAGAAAAUUAUAGGAAUUCAUCGACCUCCUUUCAGUUUAUGACUCGAUCAUUUUUCAUCUUUAGCUUUUUCUCUUUACUUCUAGCCCUCUAGGCAAAUAUAAUAUGGUCUUGUAGAAUUUCCGUCCGCUGCAAAGAAAUUAUCAAAACCCCUCCCUCAUUUCCACAA